AUCAAAGGAUGAAAAUUAUCUUGAUUUAUAAGAUUUACAAACAAUUAUGCUGAUAACUUGAAAAUUUGCUUGUUUAUUUACUGGUGUACAUUAUUUGCAGUCUAAUGUAUAUUGGCCAACAAACAUGAAUGUUUAAAACUUCAAAUGCCAUCACUUCAAAACAACAAUAUAAACCACCGAUAAAUAGGACCAACCAACAACAAAAACUUUUCCAUACAUUUUAUAGAUGAAAAUAAAUUCCAUUUUCCUACUUUAUAACUAUUAUUGCUGCUGCUGUUGUUGUGGUUAUUUAGGCUACUGAUACUAUUAAAGUUGUAUAAAGUAGUUCUGUAUAAAAUAUCGAACUGCCCAGUUAUGGCCACUUGUUUUGCUCCAAAAUAGGCAAUUAUAUUUACAUCACAACACAACACAUCACAUUGGAAAACUAACCAACAGGCAAUUUACGGAGACCAUUGAAUAAAAACCAAAAUCGAAGGAAACUUAAAACAAAAACUAAAGUGAAGUGAAGAGGAAAGAAGUUUAUAGGAUUUAGAAAACUCCUCGCAUAAAGAGGGGAAAAAGUUGUAUAGCAAUAUUUACGUCAAAGUUAAAACCACUUGAAUAACACUCAGUGAAAGCAACACAAACGCAUAACUCUAUACAUACACAUACAUUGUGUAAAUGUAAUAUAUGUAUAUAUGUAUGUGUGUAUCUAAUGGACUGUAGGUGGAACCAAACAAUAAAUUAAUACUUUUUCACAGUAAAAUAAAAAGAAACCAAAAAGGGAAAAAACAAAGAGUAGAAAACUUUCUACUUCAAACAGGAAAUUUUCUACAAUAAAGACAAUAGCUCUACUAUAUAUAUUCCCAACUGAUACAUGAGUUUAGAACUAAAUGUUAAAAACUUGUAUAGAAUAAAACAACAACCACCAGCAGUAGGAAAAGAACAAAAACCUAAAACAAAAUAUACAACUACAGCAGUUUAAUUUUAUUCUAUGUCGGUCUGGACGGAUGUCAAUAUGAUUCGUUGCAAAAAUUGGUUUUGCGCCCGCAGCAAUAACAAUGACUAUGCUGAGGUUCUAUUUGGUGAUAGCAAAACCACAACACAAACUACAGCCGCAACAACGGACACAACAACCACAUCCAACCUGGUGCGGCUACAACAGCCGGCAAAUGGUAAACUAAGUGGAGCUGCAACAACGAUUGCUAAUAAUACAACAGCAACACAUGCAGUAUAUAAUAAUAUAACAGCAGCAACAUCUAAUACAACAUCCACAGCCGGAACAACAGCCAGUACAACUAGUGUGAGCAAUAGUUGUAGUGGCACGGCAGGUGCUGGCGUUAAUACUAAUUCAGUGGCUGCUGGUUCACAUGUUGUUACGUUUUUGGAUGAUGUGCCAAGUGGUAGUAAUGGUGUUGUUAAUACCACCACACGUUUAAUGAACAAUACAGAUCUGCAACAACAGCAGCAGCAGCAACAACAACAGCAUUAUUAUGAUCAUCAUACGUCUGAUGAUUUGGAUGCCUUAGAUACGGAUGAUUUUUUAGCCAAUCAUGUUGUCAGCUCGGCCAUGCUGUGCGAUGAUACUCUACCAACUUCGAAAAAUUGUUAUCGUCUUGUGAUAUUGGGUUCUUCACGUGUGGGUAAAUCAUCUAUAGUGGCACGUUUUUUGGGUAAUCGUUUUGACGAAGCGUAUACGCCAACUAUUGAAGAUUUUCAUCGUAAAUUAUAUCGUAUACGAAAUGAGGUCUAUCAAUUAGAUAUUCUAGACACAUCUGGUCAUCAUCCUUUUCCAGCAAUGCGUCGUUUAUCCUUUCUGACGGGCGAUAUCUUCAUAUUGGUGUUUAGCAUGGAUUCACGGGAAUCUUUCGAAGAAGUUGUACGUCUUAGAGAAAAUAUACUAGAAACAAAAUGGGCAGCUCUUAAUCCUGGUUCAGGUUUCAAAAAGAAAGCUCUGCCCAAAAUACCCAUGAUACUGGCGGGUAAUAAAUGUGAUAAAGAACAAAGAACCGUUCAACUAGACGAAAUAAUGGGUUAUAUAGCAGGACAAGACAACUGUUGUGUCUUUGUCGAGUGUUCAGCUAAGCAAAAUUUUCGUAUUGAUGAUUUAUUUUAUGCACUCUUUACCGCCUCUAAUCUACCACUUGAAAUGGCACCUAAUCAUCAUCGUCGGGUGGUAACUGUAUUUGGAGCACCCUCACCAUUACCACCGCACUCCUCGACAGGCGGUUCUAAAAAGAAUGCACUCUCCAUAAAACGACGUUUUAGUGAUGCCUGUGGAGUGGUAACACCCAAUGCACGACGCCCAAGCAUACGAACCGAUUUAAAUUUAAUGCGCUCAAAAACCAUGCAAAUGAAUGAAGGUGAUAGUAGUGUGACACGUAAAAAAUGUGUAAUUAUGUAAAUUUUAUUAAAACGCAAAAUAAAUAUAACAAAACAAAAAACUUAACCAAAUUACAUAAAAUAAUAUUAAAUAAUAUUUCCAUAUUGUGAUAGUAGUUGAACAGAAAAACCGAAAAGAAAAAAAAUUAAUAAAAACAUAAACAAACAUAAAUAAUAUAAAUUUAAUAAUUAAUAAAUAUUUAUACUUUAAU